UCUACUUUUCGAAGAAUUGUGAUCACAAUACCAUUUUGGACUUUCUUGAAAGAUGCCACGGACUAAAAAUGUCAAAAAGAACUCUUCUGAACUGUCUAAAAAGAGAGUUGCAGCGAUGAGCUUGGAAUGCAAAGUAAGCGAAUCCCAAACGAGAGUAUUACAGCAUCAUCUUCAAAACGUACAGAUAACUCUCCUCACUUUGCACGUUUGGACGGCCCAAAGGCCUGGUGCUCGGCGCCACAUGACAAAUUGCCUUACAUACAAAUCCAGCUGAGUGAAACAAAGAUUAUAACUGGAAUAAAAACUCAAGGAAGCUCUUCGGAUUGGGCAUGGGUGACAAAGUAUGGAAUCAAGUUUCUGGAAAAUGGAGCAUGGAAAGAAUACAAUAAGGAGUUAGCAGGCAACACAAACGUUAAUGGCUUGGGGUCAAAUAUCCUAGAUCCUCCAAUCAGAACACAGUCGAUUAGAAUCUAUCCCAAGAAUCCAGUCACAUUGGCUGGCCCCGAUCCUAAACCCUGUUGCUUAAGAUUAGAGCUGUAUGGAUGUUCUGCACCAGGACCUAUAUGUGAGCCUCCGAUUUCUCCUUAUGGUUCAAACAUCGUUUAUCCUGCACAGCAAGGAAACCACGAAAAUGGCAGCGUGGUUGUCUUUUCUUGUGAACCAGGCUUCUUCCUCACUGGGUUGCCAGUAAUAAGAUGCAGUGGGAACACUUGGACACAAAUGAAUUUCAAGUGUUUACUAGUGUGCAACGAGGCCUUGGAUCUCCUCAAAUUCAACAUCGGGUUCGUACACGGAAUAUGGGCGACUUACAUUGAGGUACACCUUCGAAAGGAAAGCUUUAUUACAGCGGCAAGUAUCCGCCUGAAAGAUAACAGACAUAAGGUUCGACAGAUUUAUUUAAAGGCGCGUAUUUCCAACAAAUGGGUACAAAUUGGUCGUCAUUUUAAGCCACCCGUCAGUGAAGCGGAGGAAAAAUUUAAACUUUCUCAACCAGUUCUCGCUCAGUCUUUGCAAGUCCUAAUCAUUACACGACAUAGUUAUGUCUUUACAUUUCCAACAUCUACAAGAGUGUUUGGAUGUAAGCCUGUUUUUCGAGGUUGCAUCAUACCAGGCUCCGCAGUCCUCUUCAGGGAAGGACAGACUUAUUUGAAAGGGCGUUUCAUCUCUAUCGCGAGGGGUCAACUGCGGGAAGUUGUUUAUGGAGACAAUUUCUUAUAUAAAAGCAAAGAUGAAGUCAUUCUUGAUGAGAAGCCAAACUUGACUGAACUGCCAGAAGGAACUUCAGUCGUUGGAGAAGAUACGAGAGGGAUCUUAAAAGAGGGAAAAAUAAAACGAGUAUGUAGUUCAACUCAGUGCACCAUUGAAACCGAUGGUACAGAAUGGCAGAGCAAGUUAGAAAAUGUUCGAGUCUUCAGAGGAAAUGUGUGUGAGAAAUAUCUGUAUACCUAAAAUGCAAAAACAAAAUAAAUCUAAGAGACUAGUUAUUAUUUAUCAUUUGUAGCUCACAGUUCAAGCUGCACACCAACACAUUAGUUUUUUCUUAACUGCGAGUAGAAAUAAGAGAGGUAAAUUUCAUCGUAACUCGACCAAAAUCCUCCAGCGCUCCUCCCCCGGUGAAGGGGGAACGGGGGGAGGGUGGAGGGAGUGGGGGAGGAGCUAGACUAUCAUGAAAAAAAUCCCCUUCCAUAAACUUUAGAAUAAUAGUCUAGGAAAGGAUAUAAACCCUUAGUCAUGCUAGGUUAACGGAGGUGGUUCCUUUUUUUUCAAUUUAUAGCUAGUGACAUUGUUAAAAUCAUAUUAAAAAAACAUGUCGGGCUUCCAUUCUCAACCUUUUUCGCUUUUUAAGCGUAUUCGUACCCUCAGGGUUGUUUGAUCCACAUAUACAAGAAUACAACUAGUUUUGAAACUAAAAGAUUCUACAGGAAUGAUCCAAUUCUACUGGGGCUACCAGUAUAUCAACAUAGGACGACAAAUUGAAGUCAAAUUUAAACUGAUCAUUUUUUUAGCCAUCGGCACAAGUCGAUGUGUCUUUGAUUCUUAGAUGCUUAAUAAAGAUCAUUUUGAACACAUG